UCCGGGUGAUGGGAUCGUAGUCCGAGUUGGAAGGUGCUGCGCGUUGUCAGAGUGGAUCCAGUCACGACCGAGGUCCGGGAGGUGGAGGGCGGAGUGCGCACCGGGCUCGGCCGUUUAUUCUCCCGUCGGGCUGCUUCAUUGUGUUUCCAUUGACACCGGUGGUGGAGGCCGGCGUGGGAUGACGGAGAGCGGAGCGGAGAGUGAGCUGCGGGGGGAUGGCAGUGUUCGCAAGGGGUGUGAUCCCUUUGCUCAGACUCAACGGAGCAAGCUGCAAAACCGCCGAGCCCGGAUUAACCAGCAGAUUAAUAAGGAGAUGCGAAUGCGAGCAGGGGCUGAAAAUCUAUUUCGAGCUACGACAAACAACAAAGUGAAGGAGACUGUGGCUUUGGAACUGAGCUUUGUGAACUCCAACCUGCAGCUCCUAAAGGAGGAACUAGAGGAACUGAACAGCUCAGUGGAGGUUUAUCAGAAUGAGAAUGAGUCUGUUAGUGUUCCUAUGAUUCCUCUUGGCCUGAAGGAGACAAAAGAAGUUGAACUGACAAUGCCUCUGAAGGAUCUUAUUGAAGAACACUACAGUGAACCAGGAUGCAGAUAUGAAAAGGAACUAAAAGAACUUGCAGACCUCCGGCAGGCAAUGCGAACUCCAACCAGAAAUGAUGCUGGAAUUGAGCUUCUGAUGGAAUACUACAACCAACUUUACUUCAUUGAUAACCGAUUUUUUCCACCCAAUAAAAAUAUGGGUAUUUUUUUUCAUUGGUAUGACUCUUUGACUGGUGUUCCUUCCUAUCAACGGGCUCUGGCUUUUGAAAAGGGAAGUGUACUGUUCAAUAUUGGCGCACUAUAUACACAGAUUGGUGCACGGCAGGACCGAACCACCAAGGAAGGCAUUGAUCAAGCUAUUGAUGCUUUUCAGAAGGCUGCAGGUGCUUUGAACUACUUAAAAGAAAACUUCUCCAAUGCACCAAGCCUUGAUAUGAGCACACCAUCCCUCAACAUGCUGGUGCGUCUGAUGAUCGCACAGGUACAGGAAUGUGUCUUUGAAAAUGUGAUGCUGGCAAGAACUAAGGAUGAGUUCUUGAUACAAUUACAGAGCGCACAGGAAGCUGCAAGGGUGGCUGAUGUUUAUUCCUUGGUCUAUCAGACAAUGACACAACCCCCAGUGAAAGACUAUGUUCCAUUCUCUUGGACAACUAUGGUUCAGGUCAAAUCUGAGUACUUCAAAGCAGUUUCACACUAUUUUGCCGCUAUUGCAUUGUGUGACCAUUCAAUGGGUCCUGAUGAUGAUGAAAGUGAACACGUAAAGGCUCUUCAGCAACUUCAUGUAACGAUGCCAGAGGGUCCAUCAUUAGUCACGGUACUGAAGGAUAACGAGGAGCGACGCAAAUUAAGCAAGGCUCAUUUAAAGAAAGCAAUAAUUAAGCAUGAAGAAGCGAUGAGGAUUCACAGCCUGUGUCGGAUCCUGAGGAAGAUGGAUAUCCUGCAGGGGGUGCUAGCUGUUGCCCAUAAACGAUCAUUGAAGAAGUACUCUGAGAUUGAUCGUGAAGAUGAUUUUUUUGAAACUGUUGAAGCUCCAGACAUUCACCCAAAAACACAGCAGAAACCAGAAAUUAAAACUCCAAACUUUUCCAAGGUGAAAGUCACAGAUAUUUUUCACAGAUUGGGUCCUUUGUCAGUUUUCUCCGCCAAGAACCGAUGGAGCUCUGUCAGAGAAAUUCAUCUUGAGAAAAGCGAUAAAGGAUUUGGAUUCACACUGCGUGGUGAUUCUCCUGUCCUUAUUGCAGGAGUAGUCCCUGAUGGCUCUGCAAAUAAAGCUGGUCUUCGAGAAGGAGACUACAUUGUCUCAGUGAAUGAACAGGAUUGUAAGUGGUCCAAGCAUUCUGAAGUAGUUCAGUUACUGAAAACUGUCAGCACAGAGAGUGUCAAGAUUGGGGUGAUAAUACUAAAUUCUUCUGAACAACAGAAUAACACUGACAAGAAAUCACUUCUAGGUACAAUGUCCUCGGCAAGUAUUUUCUCUGGGAAUGAUAAAGAGAACAGCAGGAAAAUUGCUGAUUCUAGCAAGGGUUCAAGUUUGCUGACAACCUGGAACAAGAAGAAAAAUACAAACAAGGAUGGCAGCACUCACAGCUUACCAUUCAUUGCCGUGACAGAUGAUGGAUCAUUUUACUGAAGAGUAUUAUCAAUUCUACCUAUGAGACUUAUUCAUCACCUUCACAAACAUACACAUCUCAAGUCUGGAUGCAAAGCGAUUUGUAUCAAGGUUCAUCUCACUCAAAGCCCUGUCUAUUAUACACAGCACAACUUAAAACCCUUUCUUCGAUGGACACAUUAGGCUUGUGAGCAUAUCUUUUUAUUCAAAGCCUCAUUUGUGGAAAACAGUGUGAUAGAGAAGAAGAGACAAGAUAAGGUGUGGUACAAAAAUGGAGUUGGUUUCACUAUCAUUUAUUGGUACUAGCUUCGUUGAAGUGAAAGAGUUCUCCAUGCCUGACAUGCCGCAAGACUCCAUUGGAAACAUUGACUGUCAUAGAGUCAUAGACUCGUACAGCGCAGAAACACACCCUUUGUCCCAUCAUGUCCAUGACUACUGUCUUCUUCUCUCAGAUGAAUUUCUGGAUUUGUUAUUUUCACUCAAUGAGAAUUUACAAGGUAUUAACAAAUGACCAUUUUGAAGCUGCUGCUCCAGGAUAAAACAUUUUUCAGACAUCAUCAUGUGGAUCUUUGGUUUGUUUUAGGUCGAUCAAGAGCUUGCAUUUUCCUUUUUCAGGCAAAGCUUUUGUUAAAUUUGUAAUGAUUCAUUUCCACAAGUUGCUGAAGGUCUAACAAGCAGAUGAUCAGAAGACAUUAUUCUUUAUAGAAAAAAUAUCAUUAGCCUGUUUCAAGAUUAAUACCAGGUUCAAAGCGCAAGAGCCUCCUGUCUUGUCCCCUGUUUCUCUGUAUUACUUUCUGUCCCAUAUUGCAUUUCAUUAUUAUGUCUUGCUUUUAGCUUCAUCACAAAAUUUGCACUUUAAAAUCCAGAAAUAAUUUGUUUACUCCCUCUUACCACUUACUGAAAACAAGAUGGGCUGUGUUGGGAAACAGUGCUUGGUUUGGCUUGGUAGAAUUUAUCCUUUGCUGUCAGUUUGAUACAAAUUUUAAGAAAGGAAAAGAACAAAAUAAUACUUUGAGUUAAUUCACACUUUAAAAUUCAUUAAUGUCCAAAGGAAGGAUGAUUGUACUCUGACCUGAGAAACAAAGUUCAAUCUCAAACUACCAUUGUUUCAGAGACUUAGAUAAGUUGCAUGAAGAUCUACUGACAACAUGUUAUUUUAAAAAUGUGGGUCUAUAUCUAGUUAUUCAUGUAAAUGUUUAGACAGAAGAAACUUUAGAAAGCAAAUUUCAUGUAGUAGCCAACAGCUGAGCCAAAAGCAGUUAUUCUGACCAUGAUAGAGUUUGGCAAAGGUCAAACUAAUGUCAAAACUGACUCAGUAAGGAUCCAGUAUUAUAAUACUGUUUUUAAUGUCUAUCGUGUUUAAUUUAUCAAUGUUGAAUUUCAGUUUUUAAGAAGAGGUGACAGCUGUCAGGCGGACUUUCAGUGUACAUUUGCUGGACUGUGCUUUCCCUUUAUUUACAUUAUGAGAAAACAUUCCACUUGCUGUUAAUCAUUUUUUUUUAAGUUAACAUGUUUUGUUGUAGAUUUUAGUCCUUCCCCAAAUAACGAGACUGAUUGUAGCCAACAGUUGACUGAGUCACCACAAAAACAAUUUAGUUUUUUAAUGUUAAGUUCUUUCUCUAUUUUCAGGCAGAGUGGUGUUGUUUCUUCUUUUGUUAAUAAUGUUAUAAUAGUGCAUCUUGUAACUCCAGAUUUUACUUGCUGCUGAAUUACAAUAUAAUAUUCAUUUAUUUGAAUAUUUGCAUUUUUUGAAUGGCAGUUUGACCAGUUCAGUUAGUUGAUUCAUGACAGAAUUCCUGGUGAAUGAAGAGGAAAUACUUAGAAAAUGUCUGCUUUUGCAAUUACACCAUGUUGUGCACAUAUGAUUGAGUUGAAUAACACAAAACUCUGUUAUUAGAAGAUAGUAUUGUAGAGAGGAAUUUCUGCAUUUCUUAACCAGUGUCCCAAAACACUCAAAUGCCAGUGAAAUACUUGUAGUCAUUGUGUGCACAUGAAACUCCCAUGAAAAACAAUGAGAUUACUUUAAUUAUCUUUCAGAUAACAUAAUUGAUAGGCCAGGACACACAUGUUAUCUCUCCUACUCUUAAAUUAUUGCCAUGGAAUAUUUUGUAUCUACCAACAGAGUUGGUUUCCUGUCUCUAAUAAAAGAUGGCAUCUCCAGACCUCAUUUUAUUCAAUAUUCAAAUUCUAAGUACACAGUGCAUGUACACUGUCUUCUUUAAGAUAUUGCCACUCUAAAAGAGAAUAUCUGAGUGGUACUGCAACUCCCACAACCUCUCUUGUAAUACUUGUGUUUCCUUCAAGUUUCUAAAGUUCCAUUGCGUAGCAGAACCUUUGUGCACUUUGUGAUAAAUCUCUUUUUAAAUUCCAAUUACCAAGCAUGAUGGGAUGCUCUGAAUGCUGGAAGAUCUCUUUUCAAAAAAUUAGAUAUAGGUAAUUUAUGCCCUAGAUGUGCUUUUAUACAUGGUGGAUGCUGGGGAUGUGCAAUAACAUAGUUUGUUGUCAUAAAUGCAAUGUUGUACAGCACAAUCAAGGCCCACAAAUGGCACAGGCCUUGAUCAGAGGUUUUGGGCCUGUUUCAGUAUAGGUAAAGAGCCUGAUCUUCCCUGGCCAUUGACCAUGUAUAAGCCAUUAAAUUUCUUCCAUGUAGGCGCUUUAAUUUUUUUUCUCUGAACUUCAGUGCCAGCCAACCUCCCUCACCAUCCCUCUCAAUUCCAUUCUCCAGUUCACCACAAACAGCUAAAGAAAAUGUGUCAGCACACCACAGGAUAAUUAGGAAUGAUAACAAAUGUAUUCUUGCCUAUACUCACCCAUCUGAGAAAUCAGAUAAAAUUUCACAAGCUUAAUAUUUGAAAGCAUAUGAAAAUAUAGCAUGAAGGAUUAACAAGCUUAAAAUUGCAUCUGUGUUGUUAACCUGAUAAUGCAUGGUUAAGAUUUGUUUUGCACUUUUUCACAUUCAUUUCUAAAUCACUGAAAAACCAGGUGAAGUAAACUGCCAUUCUUUUAAUGUUUGGGGGUUUGAGUGCUUUGUAAUGAUCAGCUAACAGUAAAUUUAAUACAAAGAAUCUACUGGAGGAACUCAGUGGCUUGAACGUCAUCUGCGGAGGGAAAGGAAACUUUGACAUUUCAGGUCGAAACCCUGCAUCAGUCCUGAUGCUCGAGCCACUGAGAUCCUCAAACAAAUAUUUUGUUGCUCCAGAUUCCAGCAUCUGCAGUCUCUUAUGACUCCAGUAAACUUAAUUAUUCCUGUCCCAUCUUUUGACUGCUGUUGUCUGGUCUCUGCUGAACACUCCCUGGAAGGUGCAAAUCAGGUAUAAAGUGUUAAAAUAAUAAAUUGCACAAAAUACCCAUUGCCUUCAACAGACGAAGCACUGAUUGAUCUGAAUGGUAGUCAUGACAGUUUUGAAAUUUGUUAAGAAAACUUCCUACUGGAGGGACUUAACACCAAGCUUAAAUAAAUUUCAAGUUUGAGCCAUAAUCAUGAUUUCUUGUAUAAUAUUUGAUUAUGCAUAGUGCACAUUUUUUCAUUUCCAGAACCCACUGCCUUGAUGUAAUGACAAGUUCAACAAUUCCUGUUGGAUUGAAAAAAAUCUGACUACUAUUGACUACCAUUCUCGUUUUCAUUCAUUAGCAACUGACAUCUGAAUGAAUCCUAGAUGUCCCUCAAUUGCCACUCUCGUUGGACUCUAUGGUGCAAGUCAGUUGAAUUUAGAGAAACAUGAUAUGACAUUAUCCUUGAACACGUUUUUUCCAUCCAAUGUAUUUUUUACUGUUUUCUUUGGGGGAAAAAAAUAAUUUUCAUUUCAAUAAAGACAAAAAAUGCAGCAAGACUAAAAUUAUUUAAAAAUAAAAGCCAAUUAUUUUGGGCAGUACUAUCUGUGUAGAUCAAACUUAAGUGUAAGUCAUGACAGAUCAAAAACUAGGGAAUAUUUCUUUGGUUUCUUUUGAAGAAUGGGAUAGGUUUACAUUGGUAGUUGACUCCUGUCAUGUUUAUGAAAUAGAACUAAACUGCCCUGGUUAUUGAAAGUCCACUCAUGAUUCAAAUUUAUCAAUUCAAUGACUGGAUUUUUUUUAGCAUCAUAUUAUAUCUUUAUUUGUUUUGUUUAACUUAGAGUAAUGUACAAUUUUAAUAUUUACUGCAAAAAUACCUUUGAAUAAGAGUAGCAUAAUUAGAUCUAUGUGAAAUAUUGCACUAAAUUACAGUGCAAAUUUGAUGCAGUGAAACUGGAAGGAAUGAUUCACAUUUUGAAUAGUCUCUUCAAAACAGCAUAAACUAAUCUUGGGCAUGGAUUUAUGAGUGUGCAAGGUUUAAUUGUCCACUUUUUCAGGUUUUAGAGAGUGGGGGGAGUGGAGGCAGAUGGGCAUACAUAAGGUACUGGAAUACCAUUACUGUCAAAUUUAUAAGAUAACACAAAAUGAUUAACAUGCAGAUAUAGUUGUAUAUUGCAAACUUUUUUUUGGCGAGCAUAAACUUAACAAUCACAUUAAAUAUUUUUUCUUUGGAUUGAAAUCGCACCAUACACCUCUAAUGGAAAUUUUGUGCGUUUAUAUGUAAUUGUCAUUGUGGGUAAAUGCUAACCCUUGCAUUUUGUUCUGGAGCUAAUGCUUAUUUAAUAAAUUUGGGAGAAGUACAGAUUAAAUUAAUGUUGCAUUUCACACGCUUUCAUAUUUCCUUUUCUGAUCUUUCCAAUCUAUUGUUUUCAAAAUAUAUACUGGCAGCCCUAUGUCUUACUAUUAGUUUUGUUCAUUCUCAACACACGGAUUUCAGGCCAGCAUUUACUGCCCAUUCCUAUUUACCCUUGAGAAAGUGGUGGUGGUCCUCCUUAUUGACCUGCUAAAGUUGAAGUUAUACACCCAAUGUUAUGGGUUGGAUAUUCCAGGAUUUUGAUUGUUCCUAUUGAUGUGCUGUGUAAAUUAAGUGAUUGAGAUUUUUUAGAAAAUCAUUGUCUCAGUUACUUUUUUAAUCACUCUACCACCUUGCUGCUAUAAAUAUAGUGCCCUUUCACUGCAUCACAUCUUGAUCCCAUUUAUAGUACUCUAUACUCUGGUGGGAGCUGGAAGUUGUAAACUACUUUGUUAUAAAACUCUUGCCAGUAUUAUUCUUUGCUGAGUAGUUUUUUGUGGUUUAGACCACAAGCUGGUGUAAUAACUGGUGUUUAAGCUACUCACUUGCCAGAUUUUCAUUCUAGAUUUUAACAAAUAGGACAGAUUUAAAAACAAAUACUUUGGCUUUUAAUAUUUAAUUUGUGAUUUGCAAAUACAAUGCACUUGCAUCAUUGAUAAUUCAAUAUAAAGUUAUUAUUUUUAAAUUCCCAGAGGUAGAUGUAGGAGAACCCAUGGAUUAUAGCCAAACUAAUUUUUAAAAUCAUUUUAUAAAUGUUCUUGUAUAAGAAACAAAAGUAAACUUAUGAAAAACUGCCAGGUGUCUGAUGCAUGUUAAGUAAUUGUACAUCCAUUUCUGAAUGUCUGUGGGACAAUGUUUACGUUUGUGUAAGAAAUAUUAUCCUACAUGUCUUUAAUCAAUUGUUUUGGUACAAGAUAUAUUUUUUGAUGUUCCUCAGAUAAUUACUUAUGAUCCAAGAUGGUAGUUUUCUAUUUCUGUACUAUAAGGUCUGUGAA